AUGAGGUCCACCAGUGAUUCCAAACGGAACCUUAUCAUCGUGUCCAACCGACUACCACUCUCUAUCAAACGAGUCGAUGGAACCUUUCAAUCUUCCCUUUCCAGCGGGGGUCUCGUUACCUCUCUAUCAGGUCUCUGCAAAUCGACUCAAUUCCAGUGGUUUGGAUGGCCCGGUUUGGAGGUGAAAGAUAGCCAGGAUAGAGCCGACGUGGAAAAAAGCCUGAGUGAACACCAUGCAGUUCCCAUUUUUCUCGACAGUGAUCUCGCUCAUGAGCAUUAUAAUGGUUUCUCUAAUCGUAUCCUGUGGCCCAUUCUACACUACCAAUCCGGUGUGAUAUUCGACGAUGGACCCUGGCAAGCCUACCGACGUGUGAACGAGCUCUUUGCUGAUUCGAUUGCCGAUGUCGCCGAGACUGGUACUCUGAUCUGGGUGCAUGAUUACCAUCUGAUGCUCUUGCCGGAGCUACUCCGCAACCGACUCCACGAAAAGGACAAACACUGCGCCAUUGGAUUUUCUCUGCACACUCCUUUCCCUGUUGGUGACUUUUGGAGAAAUCUUCCCGUUCGAAAAUAUCUUAUCGAGGGGUUACUAUCAAGUGACCUCAUAGGGUUCCACACGGACGAGUACAAGCAGAACUUUAUCGAAACUUGUGCUAGCUUGCUUGGUGCACGAACCGAAAUUCCAAAUCAGAUUCAAUACCGAAAUCGACUGGUGUGCACUGACAAGUUUAUUGUAGGAAUUGAUCCGCAGAAAUUCACCGAUACCCUGCAGAAGCCCGAAGUGAAGGCUCGCAUCAAAUCGCUUGAAGAGAGAUACACAGGGGUGAAAGUCAUUGUUGGCGUGGACCGACUUGACCAUAUCAAAGGGCUUACACAGAAGCUGAAGGGAUUUGACGCCUUCCUGGAAGACAAUCCUGACUUGCGGAACAAAGUGGUUCUAAUACAGGUUGCGGUUCCAAGCCGAGAAGAUGUGAAGGAAUAUCAAGAGUUGGAAACUGAGCUCAGCACCAUCGCGGGCAAGAUUAACGGGAAAUAUGCAACCCCCGAAGGAACUCCGCUUCUAUACAUGCAUCGUUCGGUCCCAUUUACAGAACUUGUUGCUCUGUACUCCAUUGCGGAUGUUUGCCUUCUCGCUUCGACCCGUGAUGGAAUGAACCUCGUGUCAUUUGAAUAUGUAGCGUGCCAGGCAGAGAGACACGGGGUUCUCGUCCUGUCCGAGUUUGCGGGAGCGGCCACUUUCAUGCGUGAUGGAAGCAUUCCAUUCCAUCCAGCCAACACGACUGAAAUGUCAGAAUCGAUUGCUAAGGCUUUGAAUUUGGACCCUGCUGAGCGGAAGCGAAAGUAUGAAUAUCUGCGGGACUUUGUGAACAAAAAUACCAGUGCCAAAUGGGGAGAGACUUUUAUUGGGAGGCUUUCCCAACGAGGUAAACGACCUGAUAGGCCUUGUUGA